UAGUGGGGUGUAGGUGGAUAGCCUGGAUGCUGCAGAAUGCUGGAAUGAAAGUGGAGUACUUGAGAUGCGAAUCUCAAAUUCACCAAACUAGAGAAAUCGCUAGCUUUGCAUCAUCUAGCUAAAUGCAGUUUUGUUGUAUAGAGUUCAGUUAUGAACAGUCAGCUAGCUAGUUGGCUAUUUAAGUAGCUAGCUAACUAAGGGAAUUACUUAAAAAGCUGUAUAUUUUGUAGUUAGCUAUAGUGUUAUAAAGCAUCAUAAAGAAGAGGAGCAUCAGCACGAAGAUAAAUAUCCAGGCAUAGAAAUGAGCCGUUUCUGCUCCAUCAACAACAAUUUUCCGUACGAUAACAACAUCCUUGUCCUGGACAUGGUUUUGAGUUCGCUCUGGGGAGUUGCACAACCGAUUGACUGGGAGAACAUCUCAAGGCUUGUUCCUGGCUUUACUCCUAAAGAGUGUGCCCGGAGGUUCGAGGAGCUGAAGAGCAAUGGGAGCUUCCCCACCAUGGACGAGCAGUGCAACUCCCUGACCACCGGGGGCAGCUCGCCCUCAGAGUCGAGCCACGCAGGGUUCUCCGGGGACGCUGGGGAUUCGGGGCCCUGUCCCAGUAACAUCUCAGUAAUGGGUGUGAACGUCACGCACUCUGGUGGAGGUGAGGCAGCGGAGAACGAGAGCGCUGUCGUCGCCAGAGAAGGAGGGUGCGUCGACAGCACGAAAGGUCCCAACAUGGUGAUCCAUGUCUGCGACGAGCCAAAGGACCAAAGAAGGGACUUCCUGUGUCCACGGGACCUGCUUGUGACUGAGAUGAAGUACUUUGCGGCCUACCUGUCUGUGGACGCCCAGCGUUGGGAGGAAGUGGACAUCUCGGUUCACUGCGACGUCCAGAUCUUCGACUGGCUCAUGAACUACGUCAAGAGAAAUGCCGAGACCGAGGAGGGGAGCGACAGACCCAAGCUCGAACCCAGCAAUGUGGUCUCAAUCCUGAUCUCCUCCGAGUUCUUGAAGAUGGAUUCAUUAGUGGAAGAAUGUAUACAGUUCUGUCACAAGAACAUGAGUGCCAUUGUGGUGACACCGUGCAACAUGAACUGCAUCAACAACAACCUGGCAACUCGCAUCGCUGACCUCUUCACUCACAACGAGGCAGACGAUAUCAAGGACAAAAAGGACAAGUUCAAAAGCAAAUUAUUUCAGAAGAAAAUAGAGAGGCUUUUUGACCCGGAUUACAAGAAUCGCGAUUCGCCCGGGAAUGCCGCGACCCUAUACAGGUGUGGUCUGUGCAAUAAAGUUUUGACCAAAGAGACGGAAAGGAAAAUCUCCUGCAUCCCAGGGAAAAUUAACAUCGACCUUCAUGGAAACAUCAUAUACACUCACACCAGGCAUAAGAACUGGGAUGUCCAUGACUACCUGAACAGCCUCUAUGAAGAGCUCAAAUCCUGGACCCUGGUCUACUGGAGGAUCUGGGGAACCAUAAACUCCCUCACGUGCUCUUGCUGCGGACAGGUGUUUGUAUGCUCAGAGCUGGCACAGUGCAGAUACCACCCUGAAGAGGUGCUUUAUUCUGGCAUGGAGACAGAGCUGGGCUGUCACGGGACGGGACUGUACCCCUGCUGCAGCCAAAGGGUGCUGCGUUUCGACCCCGCCUGCGUGCCCAAGGGCUGUAAGGUAAAGGACCACUUGGUGAGCCCAGCAGACAGUGGAGGGUGUGAGGACCCCCAACUGAGCUCGGCUCAGACCAGGCUGCUGAACGACCUGCUGCUGCACAGGGACGCUGUGUGUGUGCCCGCCGGACCCCUGCCAGAGGGGAACUCAGAGGCGUCUGUGGGAAACGGGCGCCCCCAAGACUGUGACAUUCUGCUGGAUCCGGGAGUCCUGGGGUCACAGAAACCAUGCGAGGUCACUCCCUUUUCACUGUUGAGAAAUUGGGGUCUUCAGCUGAGACAGCAGGCCCUGUUAUCGGAGGAUGAGGAGUACACCACAGGCUCAGAGGUGACUGAAGAUGAGGUCGGAGAUGAGGAGGAAGUCGCCAAGAAGCAAGGUGCGAAAAAGGCCAAAAAAUCGAAAAGACCCCUGAAGAGGCAGGUGUCAUCCCCAAAUUUUCAGAGGAAAGAGAAGACAACGGAGAAGGCACCCACCCGAGACGCCUCUGCGUUCACAGUGAGCCUUCAGAAGAGUAAAUGGGACAGCUCACGCUCCAUGCGCUACAACCAGGACGCCCAAAGAGAAGAAGAUCAGCGACGGAUGGUUGAAAUAAUCGGCCACCUCACAAAAAUGAGAUUUGGGGAUGUGGACCAGAGCCGGUGGAAGGACACGACAGAACACGCGGGAGGGAUCUACGCGAGACUGGAGACGCAGUUCAGGGCCUCCUAUCAGAACUCCAGCCGACAGAACAACAGCUCAGAGAAGACCAGCAGAGCCAAGGCACGCCUCACACAGGCUCGGCCAACCUAGAGGCUGCGGAGGAGAAGAGGAAGGGAGAAAAGGAGGAGAAAAACGGGUGGGGAAAACGAGCACGUUGAUUGCACUGUGAAGCCAUUCCCAGAUCGGCGCCUGAAGCCCUUUCUGACCAGAAGCCCCUCCCCUUGCCUGCUCUUCUCCACCCCCCCCCCCCUCCAUCCCACACCCCCCAGCUCAGGGCCCUGCAUCAGCUUUAGCCUCACCCGGCACGACUCAGGUGACAUGAAAUCACCUCCACCUUACCUCCGUCAGCUGCCAGCUCAGUUACCAUACAGCAGAGCAAACCUGCGUUAUAUGUGAGCUCCCUAUGAAGAUACUCAUAUAGCCCAGCUACUAACUUCUGCAGAGCUACAAUAUAUUCCGCCUGGGCCAAUCUGAAGUUAACUUAAAAGUGAAAAACUUUGGGAUCCCUGCUUCUAAUUUUAAUCUUAUUUAUUCUCUUAUUCAUAUUUAUUCUUUAUUAACACAUAGGGAUUUUGUUUCCUAUAGCAUUCUACAUGCUCCAGUAAGUUCCUAGCAGGACUAACAGUUUUACCCUUAGACUAUUUAAAUGCCAACGACAGAUUACGUAUUGACCUGAAGUUAUUAUUAUAUGAAUAAUACUUCUUUACAGCUACAGCAACAGUAUUUAACGUACGCAACGUAAUGCACUCAAAUUGCACUAACAGUACGAUGAAUAAAACUCCAAGUAUGUGAACAGCAA